AUGGAGUGCGGCAACUACCGGGGCAUCUCUCUCGUCGCACACGCCGGCAAGGUGCUGCUUAAGGUCGUCGCUACACGACUGAGCCACUACUGCGAGCGAGAGGGCUUCCUCCCGGAGGAGCAGAGCGGUUUCCGCCCACACCGAUCGACGCUCGACAUGUUGUUCGCCAUCCAGCGGCUCCAUGAGCUCGCCAGGAAGAAGAGUACUGCGGUGUUCGCGUGCUUCGUCGACCUCACCAAGGCAUACGAUUCGGUGGACCGAGACCUACUGCUGUGGGACGUGCUCCGACGCUUCGGCGUGCCCCCGAAGAUACUGGCGUCGGAAUGGUUCGACGUGGGCCAAGGCCUCCGACAGGGAUGCGACCUGGCCCCGCUGCUGUUCAACUUGUUCUUUGCCGCCAUGCUCAUGGUCGCCGUGGCCGAAUCCGACAAGGACCCCAAGGUGACGGCGGACAUGGUCAAGAUCGGGACACAAGUGGAGUACACGAGCAAGAAGGGCAGGUCGGUGGGGAAGAAGACGACGGUGGUGACGGACGCGGAGGCCUUGUGGGCCAUGCUCUACGCUGACGACGCGGCCAUCGUCUCGCGCUCGCCGGAGAGUCUCGAUAAUAAGAUGAUGUCGGUCAUCGUGCGCGUGGCCAGCCUGUUCGGACUAAUGGCCCUCAUCCAGGCAGGCUGCGAGGAAACCAUCGAGGCCACCGUGCGCAAACGAAGACUGUGUUUCGCGGGCUUUGUUAUGCGCAUGGAGGACAACCGCCUCCCCAAGCGCAUGCUGUUAGGAGCGAUGGCGGGGGGCGUGAGAUACCGGGGCGGGCAGGAGAGCGACUGGGUGUCUCAUCUAGGAGAGGACCUCGUGACCUUCAACAUGGGAGACGAAAAGGAAGGGGGGAAAUGGAAAGAGAGCGCCAAGGGCCCGGAGGUGUGGUACAACAAGGUCGAGGACGGGGCGGCAUGGUUCAUGAGGAAAUGGCACAGGCAGGAGGCGGAAGCGUCCGCGAAGCGCCAGCGCGCGAGGGAAGCAGAAGCAGAGAGUACGGCCUCAGGACCGAAGAGAAAGAGAGCCGGGGAAGCGGCGGUGGGGGGGAAGAAACGGCGACCGGGCACUGCUGUAGAAGCGAGUAGGGCGGUCGAGGCAGCACUUGUGGCGAACUAUAUACCCGGCUGAUGCUGUUGCGCCCUGUUUCCCUCCCUGUUGUGUGCUAUACUCCCUUAUGUAUGUCAUUUGUAUUGCCUUCGGCCUCUGUGCUGUGUUUCUGUGUUUCUUUUUUUCAUGACCUCCCUGCCUACUCUGCUGUGUUGGGUACCGUGAUCUCGCUUUGCUGUUGCUGUUGCCUUUGUUCUUUGUACGUCUGGCUGUCUGCCCAUCUGCCGCCUCUUUGUCCUGUUUGCCCCGUUACUCCCAUGCCCUGGUGCGUAGUGCCUGGUGCUGGUACGUUACCCUUUGGUUUUUUCUUUGGGCGGGUGUGGGAAGCGUCCUCCUAUAAUUUUGUUUUUGUUUUAUUUUGAUCGGUUUCCGAGGGCUCUUUGCACGAACGGUCGGUGCGAUACCUGUUCUUUUCUUUCUAUCAUGAUGUUUUCUUGUUCCGAGUGGUUUGUACCCUAUUUUUGUUUUGUUUCCCCGCGGCGUCGUAUGUGCCGGGUUUUGAGACCACGGGCUCCCCAUUUUUUGUGGACUAUAGAGCGAAUGUGAGAAACAACAACAACAACAACAACAACAACUAGGCCAGGAGCGGAAGCGAGAGAAAAACUCACUUCGCAAGAAAAAAUGCUCGCUUACGCCGGGAUUGGAACCCCUGACCUGACCUCCAGAAGGUUCCGAGGUUACCACCUAGACCACCGGGGUUACCGGACUGUACCUUUCAAACGAGUUCAAGAAAAAAGUUCCCUUUCGGGUAGAACUUGACACGAGGUUUAUUUUUCUCCGUAACUGGUCGCUCCGGUAGUCUAUCUAGUGAUAUCCUCGCAAUCCGCUGGUCGCAGAGGUUAUUAUGCCCUCGUUUUACAUAUAUAUGUGCGCAGCUGUAUCAACAUCACAUCGAUUCCGAUCAAAAUUCUGACGAUGAUGGAUUCAAAUUCGUGAUCUGCACCCCAAAAUUACCUUAGAAUGAAAAUUUCAUAAAACUCGAACGGGUUUGUUUGAAUUUUCCUCGGGGGCCCCGCGGAUGCAAAUUUCCCUCCAUUUUCCCUAUUAUCUAUUCGUGAGUGACUUUGUCACCAUGACGGCCCAAUAUAUAAAAAAGCACACUAUUUUCGUGAUUUGCGUGACCUAACGGAAACGUGUGCAAAAUUUCAGAUAGAUAUAGAAACUCACUCCCGGCCGCGUUCUGAAACAACACUCAUGUGGAAAAGAGGGUUUCGUCCUCAACAGACGUUGGGGAAUUUCAACCUUUAUGAAGGUGUUCUCCACAUUAUACCCCCCCCUUUUUCGAGGCUUCUCCUUGUUUGCUAGGCAAGAGAAGUCUUCUUGGGGUAACCGGAACCCGACCGGUGGCGGCGAGUAGAACCACCGUUUUUCCAACAAUCUUCUGUGCGUGUGUGCGGGUGCACCACUUCCGCCACGCAUUGCCAGAAGUUUCGAGUUCGAUAGACAGUGAGUGCAUCGUUUCUUGGCCCACCCACCGUUUUUCUUUUUCCGUACUCCGGAAGAAAAUUAGGUGAGUAGCGGGGUUUGAACCCGUGUCUUUUGCGACCAAAAGCAGACACCUUACGUCUCUUUGUCGACGCCACUCACUAUGGAAAAGAGGGUUUCGUCCUCGACAGACGUUGAGGAAUUUCAACCUUUAUGAAGGUGAACGGCAGCAGCAUAUGUUGUGCAUGGUGGCAUGUUGGGCUUGUACAAAGACGCAGUCCAUCUUCGACCACACACGAAGGAGUUUGUUCGUACCUGUCGGAGUUUUGGAGGGUCCAAGUCAGUCGCAAGCAGCAGUAGGAAGGAGCGAACAGGCGCAGUGCUUCUCUACAGCUUUAGAAUCCGUCCUCCUCAAAUCCUAACGGAGAUAAUUACGUAUCGCACAACGACUGGAUCCGAAUUGCCGGCUAGCUCCGAAACCCAGGAGAGGUGGGGGAGUAGCUCAGACGAAUGGCUGCGUGUGCGCUCCUUCAUGUGGAUACUUGGCUGACUCUUUGAAGUGCAUACUUGGCUGACUCUUUGAAGGGUAGAAUUCUGGUUAGGCGUCAUUUGGCGGCAUUUCGGCAUUUCCAGUAUUUGCCAUUGCCACCUGGAUGCAUGGGAAUUUUGGCGAGGAAGUCGGUCAUAAGUUUCUCACUCUACUUGCAAGGGACACGUUUCAUUUUCAGUGUUCCUCCUUGCGGCUUCGACGGUCAAAUAUGUGGUUGCCCACACAUCUUUGCAUCGUUACAUACUAUAAUGUGCCUUAUUUUUCAUUAGUUUUCAUCAUUGGUAGGCACAUUAUUGUCGUUGACAGGUUGGCCAUCUCCCAUCCGAUGCUAAGACCAUUUUUUUUCUUUCCACCACGAAGUUCUUUUCAUCUAUUCGCUUCCAGAUACCCGUCUCAACUCUAAGCCAGUACGAAUUUCUGACUGUGGGUACAUGUACGUUCCUAAUGUUCAUAGUAACCGGCGAUGUACGCAAAAACGAAUACGAGAAGUUAUGCAAAGUGUUACGAACAAGUCUCGAAGUUUCUCUCUUGGUGUGACCGGUGGCAGUAUCGAUCAGCAAUGCCGCACAGACUUUUGCGCGCCCGAAUAUGCGUGCGACAGCUUUAACCUAACCACUUCGGUGGAAAGCGAAUUUCUGUUCGAUACGGUGUUACGGGUACCAGGGAAGACGGGGCCGAGUUUUGUUUGAUUUCGGGUGGAUGAGGUUGGGGUUUUGUUCGUUUUUCUUUAUUUAAGGUUCGUGCCUAGAGUUCAGCUGUAGUGUUUCAACCAAAGUUUUGUUUGACUUAGAGGCAAACAUUCCUAGCUAUUGGGCAUCGAGUUAAUUUGGCUUGGCGUGACGGCCUUUACGAUCGAUCGACUUUUAAUGUAUGUCUGCAUUUAUCUACAAUUGUCGGAGGGCAAA